AUGAUCUCGGCCUUCUUCAUCUUCAACCAAAAGGGCGAGGUGCUCAUCUCGCGCCUCUUCCGAAACGAUCUCCGUCGCAGCAUCGCAGACAUCUUUCGCAUCCAGGUCGUCUCCAACCCGGACGUGCGUUCGCCCAUCAUCACUCUAGGCUCCACCAGCUUCUUCCACGUGCGCCACGAGAACCUCUACAUUGUUGCCGUCACCAAGUGCAACGCCAACGCCGCACUCGUAUUCGAGUUCUGUUACCGCGUCAUCACCAUCGGUCGCUCUUACUUCGGCGGCAAGUUUGACGAGGAAGCGGUCAAGAACAACUUUGUGCUCAUCUACGAGCUCUUGGACGAGAUUCUCGACUUUGGAUAUCCGCAGAACUCGGAGAUCGACACGCUCAAGAUGUACAUUACUACAGAAGGCGUCAAGUCGGAGCAGGCGGUGAGGGAGGACUCGAGUAAGAUCACGAUCCAGGCCACGGGCGCUACGAGUUGGAGGAGGGCGGAUGUCAAGUAUCGCAAGAACGAGGCGUUUGUCGAUGUGGUCGAGACGGUCAAUCUGUUGAUGAGCAACAAGGGGACCAUCCUCAGGGCGGAUGUAGAUGGGGCGAUUCUGAUGCGCGCCUACUUGACGGGCAUGCCCGAAUGCCGAUUCGGGCUGAACGACAAGCUGGUGCUCGAGAAGAACGACAAGAACAAAGGCAAAGUAGACGCGGUCGAACUCGACGACUGCCAGUUCCAUCAGUGCGUCAAACUGUCCAAGUACGACACGGAUCGAUCCAUCUCGUUCGUCCCGCCCGACGGCGAGUUUGAGCUGAUGCGCUACCGCUCCACCACCAACGUCAAUCUUCCCUUCAAAGUGCACGCCAUCGUUGAAGAGGUGUCCAAGUCCAAGGUCGAAUUCACGCUCAACCUCAAGGCCAACUUUGACUCGAAGCUCAACGCGACCAACGUCGUUCUGCGCAUUCCAGUGCCGCUCAAUACGUCGACGGUCAAGUGCCAGGUCAGCAUAGGCAAGGCCAAGUACGUGCCUGCGGAGAAUCACGUCGUGUGGAAGAUUGCACGCAUCCAGGGUGGUGGAGAGGCCAGCUUCGGCGCAGACGCAGAGCUGAGCAGCACAACAACGAGAAAGGCAUGGAGCAGACCACCUAUUGAGGUGGAUUUCCAGGUGCUCAUGUUUACCAGUUCCGGGCUGUUGGUCAGGUAUCUCAAGGUGUUUGAGAAGAGCAAUUACCAGAGCGUCAAGUGGGUGAGGUAUUUGACUAGGAGUAAUGGGAGCUAUCUCAUUCGCUUCUAG